CAGGGAGAAUGACUUCGGCAACUUCACCCAUCAUUUUGAAAUGGGACCCCAAAAGUUUGGAAAUUCGGACACUAACGGUGGAAAGGCUGUUGGAGCCACUUGUCACACAAGUGACGACUCUUGUGAACACGAGCAACAAAGGCCCAUCUGGUAAAAAGAAAGGGAGAUCAAAGAAAGCCCACGUACUGGCUGCAUCUGUAGAGCAAGCCACUCAAAAUUUCCUGGAAAAAGGUGAACAGAUCGCUAAGGAGAGUCAGGAUCUCAAAGAAGAGCUGGUGGCCGCUGUAGAGGAUGUGCGUAAACAAGGUGAAACGAUGAGGAUCGCCUCUUCUGAGUUUGCAGAUGACCCAUGCUCCUCGGUGAAGCGUGGCACCAUGGUACGGGCAGCAAGGGCCUUGCUGUCAGCGGUGACGCGCUUACUCAUCCUGGCGGACAUGGCUGAUGUCAUGAGGCUUUUAUCACAUCUGAAAAUUGUGGAGGAGGCCUUGGAAGCUGUCAAAAAUGCCACAAAUGAGCAAGAUCUUGCAAACCGCUUUAAAGAGUUUGGAAAGGAGAUGGUGAAACUUAACUAUGUAGCAGCGAGAAGACAACAGGAACUGAAGGACCCUCACUGUCGGGAUGAGAUGGCCGCCGCCCGAGGGGCUCUUAAGAAGAAUGCCACAAUGCUGUACACGGCCUCGCAAGCGUUUCUCCGCCACCCAGAUGUUGCCGCCACAAGAGCCAACCGAGAUUAUGUGUUCAAGCAAGUCCAGGAGGCCAUUGCUGGCAUUUCCAAUGCUGCUCAAGCUACCUCGCCCACCGACGAAGCCAAAGGCCACACGGGCAUUGGCGAGCUGGCUGCGGCUCUGAAUGAGUUUGAUGUAAAACUAUCGAUCCUAGAUCCUAUCAGUUUUUAUAAUGUUCAGGCACUCCCAAUGAAAAUUACAGGGGGGUUCCUUUGGGAUUUGAUAGAGUGA